AUGGAAACAAAUUCAGUUACUCGUGAUGUAGAUCACAUCUAUAUCCAUCCUAAGUAUAAAGGUUAUACUGAUGGAUAUACUAAUGAUAUAGCACUCUUGAAAUUAAGUAAUCCAUUACAUUUCAAUGAUAAUCCCUAUGUUGCUCCGACAUGUCUACCAACUGUAAAUGUAUCAACGAAUAUAUUGCAUUAUCCAAAAAAUGGUACACAAUUAGCUGUAAUCGGUUGGGACUCAAUACGACAAGGUACAGUGAAUAUAUAUAAUGCUCUUCAACAAGGAGAAAUCUUCGUCAUUGAUAACAAUGAUUCAAUGUGUCUUCGUUUAUUGAUUGAUCCAAAAAAACAAUUCUGUGCUGGACUCAUACAAGAUGGUAGAGAUCCAUGCUACGGUAUGUUUCAUACAUGCGGAAUUGUUAUUGAUUACAUUCAUUUAAUUAUUUUAGGUGAUUCUGGUGGACCGAUCUUACAAUGGAUGAGUAACCGAUGGGAGCAGGUAGGCAUAGCAAGUUACUCUAGAUGUGGAAUUCCAGGCUAUCCAAGUAUUUAUACUCGUCUAGCGUACUAUAUCGAUUGGAUAAAUUCUAUUGUAACAAGUCACAAUGAAUCAUUAUAUACAACAAGAACUCGAAACCGUCCAAUAACUUAUAAUUGUGAUAAGAAUAAUGUGACAUGUGGUUGUGGUUAUCGUCCUGUUCAACUUCCAACUUCAAGAAUCAUUGGUAGUGAAAAUGCUGUCGAAGCGAGCUGGACAAUGAUUGUUUCUCUUCGUAUUUUAAAUGGUAAUAAACAUUUAUGUGGUGGAACACUUCUAUCAAAUUCAUACAUUCUAACUGCUGCCCAUUGUGUUCAAUCAUUUUCAUUGAUAGAUCCUUUCGAUCUAACGAUUGUUGCAGGAAUUACUAAUCGUUCUGAUUCAUCUCGAUUUAUUAGUUAUGUCCGUCGAAUAUAUAUGCAUCCAAACUUUACACAUCAAGGUAAUAGAUUUAUAAAUGAUAUAGCCAUAUUAGAACUUUAUGAUCCAUUAUUAAUUGAUUCAAAUCUGUUAUUAAGUCGAACAUGUGUUCCUCAUACUAGUUCAUCUAUAUUAAAUAAUCAAUAUCCAAUAAAUGGUACAAGAUUGGUUAUUAUUGGAUGGGGAACAAUUGAACAUGAACCGUAUGUUGAACCUGAUAUUUUACAACAAUUAGAAAUAUUUGCAAUUGAUAAUAAUAAUUCAAUGUGUUCAAAUUUAAUCAAUGAUGUUCAAAGUCAAUUUUGUGCAGGAGUUUUUCGCGAAAGAAAAGGUCCAUGUCAAGGAGAUUCUGGUGGAGCAAUAUUUCAAUGGACAGAAGAAUAUUGGCUACAAAUUGGUAUCAUAUCCAGUGAUUUUACUUGUGAGAAUAGUAGUAUUCCAAAUAUUUAUACUCGUUUAUCUUAUUAUCGAUCUUGGAUGAAUGAAAUUGUCAAUAAGACUGGUGAACAUCUCGAACCAACUCAUUCGAUACUUAUUACCACAACAAUACGAACAACAAUUUCAUCAUCAUCAUUUUGGUACAAUACAAAUAGUACACAAACAUCAAUUAAAAAAAUUACCUAUGAAUGUGAUCGAAAUUCUAAGCUAUGUGGAUGUUCAUUAAGUAAUGUUGUAUUAUAUAAUUAUAAUGAAAAUGAAUUAUUAUCGAAUAUAAUUCCUAGUGAAAAUAUUUAUCCAUUUAGUUGGACAAUGAUAGUUUCGAUAAGAAUCUAUGAUCAUGGACAUAUAUGUAGUGGAACAAUUUUAUCAGAUUUAUUUAUAUUAACUGCAGCUCAUUGUUUUAAUCAAAUAGAUGAUCAUGGAAAUAUUGAAAUAUUCGCUGGUAUGGACAGUCUUUCUUCAAUAGCAUUAUCAAAACGAAAAAUUCAUAAGAUUUAUAUUCAUGAAAAUUAUUCGUAUGAUGAAAAUUAUUUUCAUGAUAUUGCAAUCAUUCAAGUUGAUCGACCAUUUGAACUUAAUAAUCAACCUAUAUUUAGUAGAGCAUGUCUACCAAAUAGAUAUAUAAUAACAAAUGAAUAUCUAUCAAAAGAUUCAAAAUUAAUUGUUGUUGGUUGGAAAUCAUCUAUAAUAAAUAAUGAUAUGUCAAAUAUUCUUCAACAAAUUUCAGUUAAAUUAAUUCAUAAUCAAAAUGUAUCAUGUUUAAAAUUAAUUCAAAAUACUUCAUAUCAAUUUUGUGCUGGAUUAAUUCAAAAUAUCAAAGUUCCAUGUCAAGGUGAUUCAGGUGGACCUAUUUUCAUAUAUAAAAAUACUCAUUGGGAACAAGUUGGCAUUGUUUCUUAUGGUGAUGGAUGUUCUGUAAGUGGUUAUCCGAAAGUCUAUACAAAACUUUCAGCUUAUGUUGAUUGGAUAAACAAAUUCUUCAAUGAUACAUCAUUUCCUGUUCGACCAUUAACAACACCAAAUCCAUUAGCUAAAAUUCGUCCAAUGAUAUCAAAGAAACCGCAUCUCGUACAAUCUCUAACUCCUUCUAAAACAAUUCAAAUUUCAUCGGGAUUUAAAAUUCCUAAUACACGAAUUCAAUCAAGUGAUGAUCCAUCAUAUGAACCUUUAGUAACAAUUAAUGACAAUGAACAUUCUGAUGAAGAUGAUUUUGUUUUACCGGUACAAAAAUUAACCAAAGAAGAAUUACGUGAAGAAUUAAAAGUAUUUCAAUCAAGUAAUACUAGUAGCCAUGCUUUACUUGCUAAUGAUAACGAUGAUGAUACAGGUGAAUUAGAAUUUCGUACACGACAACCAAUUAAUCGUUCUGUUUGUUGUUAUCAAUCUUCAUUUUCAUUUAAAAAUAGUUCAUGUUUAAUUUUAUAA